AUGGCGGACGACCUCUCCUUGCCGCGCAUCCUCUGCCUCCACGGCGGCGGGACGAGCGCCGAAGUCUUCGAGAUCCAGUGCCGAAUCAUCAUCCGCCAGCUGCAGAACCGGUGCCGGCUCGUCUUCGUCAACGGGCCCUGGACGUCCCACGCCCACCCAGCCAUCCUGCCGUACUUUGCGGACCUCGGUCCCUUCUACCGCUGGCUACGCUGGAACGACGACGACCCCUUCGACCCCCAGGGCGAGGAGAAGAUCCUCGCGGUCAUCGAGAAGGCCAUGAGGGAGGACCCGGGCAGGGGUGACUUCGUGGGCGUGCUCGGCUUCUCGCAGGGCGCCAAGAUCGCGGGCAGCCUGCUCUGGGCGCAGGAGAAGUCGCCCAAGCCGCGGACCAGCUUCAAGUUCGCCGUCAUCCUGGCGGGGCGCGCCCCCUACGUGGUCCUGGACCCGGAGAAGCAGCUGCCGGCCGUCGCGCACGUCGCGGACAUUGGCCAGCAGAGCAUCGACUUCAAGGACUGGGCACCCACCAACGAGGGCGAGCAUGUGCUGAGCCUGCCUACCCUACACGUGCACGGGCUGAAGGACCCGGGCCUGGAGGAGCACCGGGUCCUGCUCAAGAACUACUGCAAGACGGGGACUACGCGGUUGAUAGAGUGGGAUGGCGACCACCGGGUGCCCAUCCAGGCAGACAUUGUCACCAAGCUGGUUGGCUACAUUACGGAAAUGGCGCAUGAGGCUGGGCUUGAUAUUUGA